AUGGGGACACUGGGGCUGGAGGGCCGGGGUAGGAGGCCCCAGGGGAAGGGCUGCCUCCUGCUGGCUGUGGCAGGAGCCACUUCCCUGGUGACCCUGCUGCUGGCUGUGCCUAUCACUGUCCUGGCUGUGUUGGCCUUGGUGCCUCAGGAGCAGGGAGGACUGGUAACAGGGACCGCUGACCCAGGGGCACAGGCACAGGCCCAGCUGCGAUUGGGGUCCCAGGAGCUCCCAGAGGAGGAGGCAGAAACAGAUCUCAGCCCUAGGCUCCCGGCUGCCCAUCUCAUAGGCGCUUGGACCAAAGGGCAGGGGCUAGGCUGGGAAGCGAAGAAAGAAGAGGCAUUUCUAAGGAGCGGGACGCAGUUCUCCGGCUCUGAGGGGCUGGCUCUCCCGCAGGACGGCCUCUAUUACCUCUACUGUCACGUCGGUUACCGAGGCCGGGCGCCCCCUGCCGGCGGGGGCCCCCUCGACCACUCGGUCACGCUGCACAGCCGGCUGUACCGGGCAGGGGGUGCCUACGGGCCGGGAGCUCCCGAGCUGCUGCUCGAGGGUGCCGAGACCGUGACCCCGGUCGUGGACCCAGCCCGGAGGCGGGAGUACGGGCCCCUCUGGUACACGAGCGUGGGGUUCGGCGGCCUGGUGCAGCUCCGGAGGGGUGAGAGGGUCUUUGUCAACAUCAGUCAUCCCGAUAUGGUGGACUACAGGAGAGGGAAGACCUUCUUUGGGGCCGUGAUGGUGGGGUGAGGGCCGCCUACGUCCCGGGGAAAACGAAUGCACGGUGGGAGUGUGGGAAUCAGUCCGGAUAUUGGGGACCCAGUCACCAGGGACCCCAUGGCCAUGGGAAAAAUGUAAGAGACUGGAAACUGAUACUGAGCCUGUUGAAAAUAAAGAAUGUAAUGUUUUAGUGCUGCCAAAUACA